UUUCUAUGUGAGUAGAUAUGACACUGGCUACCUAACUCGAUAAUAAUUAACUCUAUAAAGUCAGCAGCGAGAUGGUGGUUUUAUAGAUGGUUUUGUGCCUUUAAGGCCGCCUGUUCAUUAGGAGUUGGUUUCAAAUGACGCCAACCUUUUAUUUUUAUCUCAAUGACCUCAUCCUCUAUGGUUGAAGUUUACUAACCAGCGAAUCUUUUUCAUCUCAUUGAUUUUUUUAGUUUUCUUCUCUUUUACUCUUCAUUAAACCGAGUUUACAACAACUUUAACUUGAUAAUAGAUGUCGAUGAUGUUAAACGGCGCUUUCUGACAGCGACUUCUCUAACGGCUGAUCAAGUCUUCAAUAUAAAUGGAGGAGUGAGGUUCAUGAUGAUGUAAUCGUCAGCCAGACCACGAGAAAAGCUCUCUUUUGUUCCGCUCCUGCAAUGCUCCAUCAGGAUGACAUCAUACUCAGCCUACACAAUGGGUCUGUUCAUCUCCUGAGGGCUGCGUCGCGCAACUGGACCGCUAGCCACCCACCCGCCUAAGGGGAAGAGGAGGAGGGAGGAAGAGGAGGAGGGGCUGUGAGAAAGGGAUAAAGAAGGGGUCGUCAUGUCGGAACGUCCCGUGGGAGUGGGAGCCUGCACUGGAGCUGAGACUGGAGGGACUGGGAUUGGACCUGGGGUGGGGAAUGGACCCCGAGCUGGGACUGGAGGGACUGGGAUUGGACCUGGGGUGGGGAAUGGACCCCGAGCUGGGACUGGAGGGACUGGGAUUGGACCUGGGGUGGGGAAUGGACCCCGAGCUGGGACUGGAGGGACUGGGAUUGGACCUGGGGUGGGGAAUGGACCCCGAGCUGGGACUGGAGUCAAAGGUUCAGGGCCUGUAUCAGGCCCGGCAUCCGGGACCAGGCAGGGCUCGGUGCGUCCCAUCUGGGCCGAGGGGCUGGUCGCCCUGCUGGAGGGGGGUCUGGACAGCGUGUUGUUGAUUGACAGCCGGCCCUUCGUAGAAUAUAACUCCUCCCACAUCCUGGAGGCGGUCAAUGUGAACUGUUCAAAACUGAUGAAGAGACGGCUGCAACAGGACAAGGUUCAGAUCAACGAACUGCUGCAACACUCUGCUAAGAAGAAGUUGGAGCGAGUGGGCGGUCAGGAGGUGGUGGUUUAUGACCAGAGUUCAUCUGACCCCUUGACUCUUCCCUCGGAGGCCUUCCUUACCGUCCUAUUGGACAAGCUGGAGAGGAGCUUCCCUUCCGUACACCUGCUCUCAGGUGGUUUCUCAGCGUUUUCCCAGCUGUUUCCAGGUCUAUGUGAAGGUAAGGCUCUUCUGGCCACGUCCUGCCUGGUCCCCACCUGCCUCUCUCAGCCCUGCCUGCCCCUCAACACCUCUGGGCCAACACGCAUCCUGCCUCACCUCUACCUGGGCUGUCAGAGAGACGUACUCACCAAGGAAGUGAUGCAGCAGAAUGAGAUAGCGUACGUCCUGAAUGCCAGUAACACAUGUCCCAAACCAGACUACAUCCCUGAGUCUCACUUCCUGCGAGUUCCUGUCAACGACAGCUUCUGCGAGAAGAUCCUCCCCUGGUUGGACAGAUCUGUAGAGUUCAUAGAGAAGGCCAAAGCCUCCAACGCCUGUGUGCUGGUCCACUGUCUGGCUGGCAUCUCCCGCUCGGCAACCAUCGCUAUCGCUUACAUCAUGACGAGGAUGGACAUGUCACUAGACGAAGCUUACAGGUUCGUGAAGGAGAAGAGACCCACCAUCUCUCCUAACUUCAACUUCCUGGGUCAGCUGCUGGACUUUGAAAAGAAGAUCAAGACUCCUGGAAGGUCGGAGAUCAGAGAAACCACCGGGGUCAAAUCCUCUCCUCUCCUCCACCCCCCACUAGAGCACGACCCCCCUAACCCUACCCCCAGCCUCCCAGACCCUGCCCUGGCCCUGCUGGAGCCCCUGACCCUGCCAUGUGUCCUGGCCCCCUGGCCUCCAGAGGAGAGGCUCCUGGCCCAGGCUCUCCAGGGGCUCCAAGGCCUUCAGCUGGACCAGGGGACGGAGGACAGCGCUGCACGGCUGAAAAGGUCCUUCUCUCUGGACAUCAAGUCGUACAGGGAGCCAGGAGGCUGCAGCAGCGCCCCCAUGAGGCCGUAUCCCCACCCUACAUCCCACCCCGGAGCCCAGGAGUAUUAUAACCCAUCCGUGAGCUUCAAGGAGCCUGCAGGGAAACCGUAUCAGUUCUCUCCUGUGAAGGAGAUGUCAGAGCAGUCUACACCUGAGCCGAGCCCUGACAAGGAGCAGGACGACGGUCCCGCAGACCCUGCUGCUACGUCUGCAGCUCCCACUGCUGCUCCUGUAGUCUCCACCACUACCAGCACCACUACCACCUCCAACCAGCCCAGCAUGAAGCAGCCCAGCCAGGCUAAGCCUCCUCCACCUCCCCUCUCCUGUUCCCAGCAGCUCCACCGUAGUGGCAGUAUGGAGGAGAACUCUAACCACACCCCUCACACCACCGGCUUCCUGUUCGGCCUAUCGCGUUCCCAGCAGCACCUGUCCAAGCCCGCCCCUAACCUAGGCUCCGCCCUGAAGGGCUGGCACUCUGACAUCCUAUUGGGUCCCGUCACCGUGUCGUCGGGGGGAUGGUACCUCUCCGAGUCACACCACUUCUACUCCACCUCCGCCAUCUUAGGAGGCGGGGCUAACAUUCUGGGGGGUGGCAGCGUGGCGGCGUACAGCGUGAGUCAGGGGUUGGAGGAGGUGCGGCGGCGCGGGCGGCAGAGGAGCGGCGACCACGGGGACUCACGGAGGAGCUGGCACGAGGAGAGCACCUUGGAGAAGCAGCUGAAGAGACGGAGCUGUCAGAUGGAACUCGGAGACAGGAUGAGAGGAGGAGGCGAGACUAGAUCCAGGGAGGAGAUGGGGAGUCACAGCAGCUUCUCAGGAAGCAUGGAGGUCAUAGAGGUGUCCUGAGAGGGACAUCCAGUCAACCCCUUACGGAAUCAUUGAUUUGAAUGGAAACGUCCGUUCUAGGGAGUAUAACCUCCUCAGAUCAGACCUAUGUUGAGGGAAAGACUUGUUAUCUUAUUAUCCCACUAGGGACUUGAACCUUGAGUUGAUCUAAGUGGCUCUAUGUGUACUUGUGUCGCGACAGUUGGCAUUCAUGUAGUUGAACUUUGACCUGGAAGCAGAAAGCAGCUGUGUGACGAUGAUGAAUGUGAUGAAGAGGUGAACUCUGAGAGGACUGAGACAAACUGAGUCUUUUGUUUGGAUGAGUGUUCAUCAUUUUCAUUUAUUUCUGAAUGUUGAUGAUCGUCGUCAAGGAGCAGUAGAUGUCUGCCUGACGUUGGAUUCAUGGAGCUUUUAUGAAGCCUUAUGAAGUCUUUAUGAAGCCUUAUGAAGUCUUUAUGAAGCCUUAUGAAGUCUUUAUGAAGCCUUAUGAAGUCUUUAUGAAGCCUUAUGAAGUCUUUAUGAAGCCUUAUGAAGUCUUUAUGAAGCCUUAAGAAGUCUUUAUGAAGCCUUAUGAAGUCUUUAUGAAGCCUUAUGAAGUCUUUAUGAAGCCUUAUGAAGUCUUUAUGAAGCCUUAAGAAGUCUUUAUGAAGCCUUAUGAAGUCUUUAUGAAGCCUUAAGAAGUCUUUAUGAAGCCUUAUGAAGUCUUUAUGAAGCCUUAAGAAGUCUUUAUGAAGCCUUAUGAAGUCUUUAUGAAGCCUUAAGAAGUCUUUAUGAAGCCUUAUGAAGUCUUUAUGAAGCCUUAUGAAGUCUUUAUGAAGCCUUAUGAAGUCUUUAUGAAGCCUUAUGAAGUCUUUAUGAAGCCUUAUGAAGUCUUUAUGAAGCCUUAAGAAGUCUUUAUGAAGCCUUAAGAAGUCUUUAUGAAGCCUUAUGAAGUCUUUAUGAAGCCUUAUGAAGUCUUUAUGAAGCCUUAUGAAGUCUUUAUGAAGCCUUAUGAAGUCUUUAUGAAGCCUUAAGAAGUCUUUAUGAAGCCUUAAGAAGUCUUUAUGAAGCCUUAAGAAGUCUUUAUGAAGCCUUAAGAAGUCUUUAUGAAGCCUUAUGAAGUCUUUAUGAAGCGUUAUGAAGUCUUUAUGAAGCCUUAAGAAGUCUUUAUGAAGCCUUAAGAAGUCUUUAUGAAGCCUUAUGAAGUCUUUAUGAAGCCUUAUGAAGUCUUUAUGAAGCCUUAAGAAGUCUUAUGAAGCCUUAAGAAGUCUUUAUGAAACCUUAAGAAGUCUUUAUGAAGCAUUAUGAAGAACGCGAUCAGAGAUCCUUGAUAGCCCUGUGUCAAAUCAUCCAAUACCUCACACAUCCAAAUUAGAGGCUUCUCCUGGUCCUCCGUCUUCUUCUGAUUGACAAUUCAAAUCUCAGGUCUUAUUUGAGCAGCAAGAAAAGAUGCUGGAACAACUGAACAGUUCCCGAACAGCUACCGAACAGUUCCCGAACAGUUCCCGAACAGCUACCGAACAGCUCCCGAACAGUUCCCGAACAGCUACCGAACAGCUACCGAACAGUUCCCGAACAGCUCAGUUGGUAGAGCAUGGCGCUUGUACCCCAGGGUUGUAGGUUCGAUUCCCGGGGCCGCCCAGACGUAAAAUGUACGCACGCAUGACUGUAAGUCACUUUGGAUUAAAGCGCUAAAUAUGAUAUAUUAUUAACGGUGUGGUUGUGGGUUUUGUCUGAUACCUGUGGUUAAGGAAUGAUGUAAUGACUGAUACCUGUGGUAAAGGAAUGAUGUAAUGAUUGAUACCUGUGGUAAAGGAAUGAUGUAAUGUCUGAUACCUGUGGUUAAGGAAUGAUGUAAUGACUGAUACCUGUGGUAAAGGAAUGAUGUAAUGACUGAUACCUGUGGUUAAGGAAUGAUGUAAUGACUGAUACCUGUGGUUAAGGAAUGAUGUAAUGACUGAUACCUGUGGUUAAGGAAUGAUGUAAUGAUUGAUACCUGUGGUUGAUAACUGAACGGAUAACUGAACUGAAUGAUUGAAACCUGUGGUAAAGGAAUGAUGUAAUGAUGUAAUGACUGAAACCUGUGGUAAAGGAAUGAUGUAAUGAUGUAAUGACUGAUACCUGUGGUAAAGGAAUGAUGUAAUGACUGAUACCUGUGGUAAAGGCUUUGAAUAAGUUCUGACUGGAGACCAGUGGUCCCUUCCCUGUCCUGAGACCAGUGGUCCCAUCCCUGACCUGAACCUUGUCCUGAGGUCAGUGGUCCCAUCCCUGACCUGAACCCUGUCCUGAGGUCAGUGGUCCCAUCCCUGACCUGAACCCUGUGGUCCCAUCCCUGACCUGAGAACAGUGGUCCUGACCUGAACCCUGACCUGAGACCAGUGGUCCCAUCCCUGACCUGAGACCAGUGGCCCAGACCUGAACCCUGACCUGAGACCAGUGGUCCCAUCCCUGACCUGAAUCUUCUCCUGAGGUCAGUGGUCCCAUCCCUGACCUGAGACCAGUGGUCCUGACCCAGACCUGAACCCUGACCUGAGACCAGUGGUCCCAUCCCUGACCUGAACCUUGUCCUGAGAACAGUGGUCCCAUCCCAGACCUGAACCUUGUCCUGAGACCAGUGGUCCUGACCCAGACCUGAACCCUGACCUGAGACCAGUGGUCCCAUCCCUGACCUGAACCUUCUCCUGAGGUCAGUGGUCCCAUCCCUGACCUGAGACCAGUGGUCCUAACCCUGACCUGACACCAGUGGUCCUCACCCAGACCUGAACCCUGACCUGAGACCAGUGGUCCUGACCCAGACCUGAGACAGGUUCAGCUCCCACAGUGUGUGGACGUGUGUGAGAGAUAGUAGGUCUGUUAUGGGGUUGUUGUUGCUGUGUCAGAAUAUAGCUAGUUUUACAACAGACAAUGUGGACAUUUGGAUGAAGCUGAUAAGCAGUAGAUGUAUGUUGACUGUUGAAAUAAAAUCUGAAACGGUA